GCGCAGGUAUACUACGUGAAUCAGUAUUACCUCUAUGUGUUCAACAGCCCCGCUUUCGAGAAACAGUGCAAUCUUAUGCGCGAGGCGGGCCCGCACCUUGGCAAGCAGCGGGGGUGGCGUCCGCCCUCGCCCUUGUAUAAAAGCAAGCGGCCCAAAGUGGCCUGCUCACUGCGCUCUUGCACCUCGAAGCCACAGCAAGCAGUUUCACGAAUCGGGAGGACAAUUGUGUUCUGUUCGGCCGCGUCAGGAAUGAUCCGCGGAGGGACGUGCUUGCUUCUUCUCCUCGUGGCCGUUGCCCGCAGAGGGGACUGCAAGCCGCUCGAACUUCAAGGCUAUCCACACACGCCACAAGAUCAAGAAGACUUCCACCAGUACGUGCAAGACGGCAAAUUUGAGCAUCUCGAGCGCAAGUUUGGAUUGCAAGAUCUUCUCAGGAUGUUGGAGUCUUACAUUGAGGAGCCAACGCGAAAGCCGCUGGCGCAUUUAGAGCCGCUCACCCUCGACCAGUACGAAAGAUUACGGGAAUACCACGGAAGGCACGGAAAUGGACAGCUGAUGCCCCAGUCUCCACCGUUGGAGGAGCCUGAUUUGCAGAUAAUCGACGUAGCUGACCUUAUGCAGCCUGAAGACGACAAAAGAGGUGGCUACAUGUCGUUGUGUCACUUCAAGAUCUGCAACAUGGGCCGCAAGCGAUCCGUGGGCAGCCCACUACAAGCACUGAGGAGCCCAUGAGAGUUGCCCCAGCCCAUGUUUCCCAUCAGCAGCUUCAACCUCUUCAAGAAGAGGAAAGCAACGCACCAACAGCGUCAGUGAGAGAUGGGAUUUGAUGGGCUUUGACCGAAACAACGCUACACGAAUUCGACGAAAUUAACUAACUGUGCCGAGUGCUUGAAAUUUGGCAAAAACACUAAAACUUAGAAUGUAGUCGAUGAAACCAUAAAAAUUCAAAAAAAUAGGCUGGAAACUUGUUGUCCAUUGAUUGCGAUUGCUUUUUGCGAGCUGUUUGUCUCUACAGCAGCUCGUUGAGCGACACAUUAUGGAAAAUGAAAUGUGAUUUUGAUUUCGAAAAUCAUCACUUUCUCCUCAUAAGCAUUAUUUCAGUUUAAAGCAUAAUUAAUAUGACUAUUAUAAAUAAAUAUUAAAUUAAGAUAUACGAUAAACCAAAUAAAUCGUAAUGAGCUUAGUUUCAA